CGGAAACUGUUCGCCGGAAGUGCCAGAGGGAUUAAUUGCACCGAGCGCGUGUCCACGUGUGGAUUUAUAAGGCAUCGAGAUCUACCCGGCCGUUUAAAAAAUCACUUGAUGCGCUGAGGAUGCGCCGUGAUUUCUGCAACGGUGGGCUUGCCUGCGCCGUUGUGUGGGUGUCAUCGACCUGGCUGCUACUGUCCCUCACUGCGUCGGUCAUAGCAGAGCCAAUACAGAAGUCCCUCGGUCGAUGCCCAUCCUUCGAAGAGCAGAACAUAUGUCCGUCAAGGUCUCCGGCCUGCAAAACGGACUACCAGUGUCAGUCGUUCGGGGAGCGUUGUUGCAAGACUGCUUGCGGUCUACGAUGUGUCGUCGGCGAGCUGACAGGAUGCGAACAGCUGGCGCAGGCUGCGGUGAGGAGGUCCCGCGCGCUCGGCCCACGCGGACCUACGCAGUUUAUACCGAGAUGCGACAACGUGACCGGCGAGUUUGAGAGGAUACAAUGCGAUCCGCGGGAGAGCAGCUGUUGGUGCGUGAACGAGAUCGGUGUGGAGCUGCCCGGGACCAGAGGACCGUCCAAAGACGUCAUCGACUGCGACCAUCCGCGACAGUGUCCCGCGCACAGCUGUCGAAUGCUGUGUCCUUUGGGUUUUGAGAUCGAGCGACGAACAGGCUGCUCGAAAUGCGAGUGCCGUGAUCCUUGUCGCGGGAUCGCCUGUCCCGGGACAGGACAGACGUGCGAGUUGAUCGACGUAACGUGCGCCCGUCCGCCGUGUCCCCCGAUUCCCAGCUGUCGCAAGGCGAAAUCCCUAUCGACGAUCUGUCCGGCGGGCGAACCGUUGCAAAUUACCGACUCGCCACGGCCGUUUCUGUGCGGCGACUCGCCUGGUAAACCGACCUGCCCGCCGAUGUACAGCUGUCUGGUGGAGCCGAAACAGGAGUACGGUGUCUGUUGCCCGUCCGACAUAAAUCUGGAACGACCUGGCACGUGUUCGCUCGACACGGAGCCGAUGAUCUGCGAGAAUUCCUGUCGUCACGAUCUGGAAUGUCCCGGACCCCAGAAGUGUUGCAGUAGCGAACGUUGCGGCGGCGCUGUGUGCACAGUUCCGGAGGGUUUGAGCGCGUGCCACAGGGACCGCGUACUGGCGGAGAUGCUGAGCAUCACGGAGAGACAGGGACGUGGAUACGUCCCCCAAUGCACUGACGAAGGAAGCUACGAUCCGAAACAGUGCUCGAGGAACGGUUUGGUCUGCUGGUGCGUGGAUAACAACGGCAGAAAGAUAUCCGGUUCCAUGGGACCGGCCGGUAAGGUCGACUGCAUGUCGUUAACGAAGGGAAGAUCCCUUCCGGCCGCCUGCACCAUCCCGCAGUGCGCCCAAAUUUGCCAGUACGGUUUCAAGACCGACGCUUCCGGGUGUUCCACAUGCGAAUGCGAUAAUCCUUGCGAGGGAUUUCCCUGCCCGGAGAAGGAGGAAUGCGUAUUGAGCAAGGAAGACGGUUGCCCGGACUUCCUCUGUCCGAUGAAACCAGAAUGCAAGCAUAAGGAGACUCACAAGAGCCCGUGCACUUACGAAAAUCCAUUGAUAGACGACGAACGGAUGACAGUCAACUGUUCCGCGAAUGAUACUUGCCCACAGGGUUACAAGUGCACUACCGUACCGGAAGCUGGCCAGUCAGUGUGCUGCAUGGCGUCGGCGAACUCGACCAAGAUGCAAACCAUGUGCGAGUACCUACGUGAGUUCAACGAUCGUAUGGAGGGCACGAGGGAGGAUAUGUCUUUGGCAAUUCCAGCCCCGCAAUGCGAGAAUGACGGCAGUUACAAGCCGUUACAGUGUCACAACGGCACCUGUUCAUGCGUGAACGAUCGCGGGGUGACAUUAAAGGCCGACGUUAACCGUAGCACCGAUUGCAAAGAGAUGAAAGAUCUCCUGAAGCUCUGCGGAUCUUUAUCCUGCGAUAUUGUGUGCCCAUACGGGUACGCAGUGGACGCGACCGGUUGCGAGCAAUGUCGUUGCCACGAUCCUUGCAAGGACGUGUCUUGUGGUCCUCACGAGACCUGCACAAUGGUGGAGGUGAACUGCGGUUCCGGGCAAUACUGUCCGCCGGUACCCGCCUGUCUGGCCAUGAAACCCGGCCAGUGCCCGUAUCUGGUGCCUAGUUCGUCUAGCUGUGAACUACAGUGCAGCAACGACCAAGAAUGCUCGGCGUCAGAGAAGUGUUGCUCGACAGGUUGCGGGACACAGUGCGUGGCCCCUGUAAUGGCCACAGCUUGUCAACACGCGCGAGCCGUGGCGGAGCACGCGGCCCGUGAGUCUGGGGAACCGGCCAGAAGGAUCUACAUUCCCAGAUGCGACGCGGGUGGGGCAUUUGAAUCGGUUCAAUGUCACAACGGGAUGUGCUGGUGCGUUGACGAAGAAGGCAGAGAGGCUGCUGGUACCCGCGUUCUUGAAGGCAUACUACCUAAAUGCAACACGCCGCUUAGGUGUCCGGAGAUCGAUUGUAAGCUGGAUUGCUCGGAGGGAUUCGAACUGGACCCCGAUAGUGGAUGCCCAACGUGUUCCUGCAGAGAUCCGUGCAAGAGAGUGACCUGUAGAGGGGAGAACGAAGCGUGUAGGAUGGUGGAGGUAGCCUGUAGCGUGCCGCCCUGCCCUCCUGUACCGGUAUGCCUGCCGAAAAAAGACAAUCCAUGCCCGAACGGCGCGCCGUUGUUGAACCAAGACGGAUCCCCAGCGAUCUGUGGACCACACGGGCAUCAUUGCCCGUCGACGCACAAGUGCGAAUUGUCACCGUUGGACGAAUACGCUGUAUGCUGUCCGAAACCUCGAGAAGUCUGCUUCGAACCGCCGCGAAGAAUGCCCUGCAAUUCGGGGUUAGGCCUCAACGAGACCGACAGGUGGUACUUCGAUUCGGAACGGAACGAAUGUCGAAAGAAGACCGACUGUUCUCUGGGUCACAACGAUUUCUCCAGCCGUCUGGUCUGCGACACCGUCUGUCCGGUGUUGUCCCAGUGCGAGAGGCUUCGAGAAAAAAAUUUAAAAACGUCACAAAGGCUUAAGCAACCGACAUUUCUGCCGAGAUGCGAUCCGGACACGGGGAUGUGGGAGCCGGUACAGUGUUUAGAGCACGUUGGUGUCUGCUGGUGCGUCAAUAGGAAGGGUCAACCUGUGAAGGGUUCGCUUACCAGAGGACCGGAGCCCAAGUGUAACUUCAGGCAGGCGAGAAGAGGCGGCGGUAGGGGGUCGGCGGUUCAAGAAAUCGACCGUGAAAUCCAGGCGUUUAUGGAGAAUGCUUUGAUAAACUUGGAGACGGACGAGAGGCAGAUCGGUAAGGUGUUGGGUACCAGGUGCCAGGCGAUGAGAGACAAAGGCCACGUUCCAGCGAUCUGCGACCGUCAGGGUAGGUUCGAGCCGACCCAAUGCGCCGGGGACACGUGUUGGUGCGUCGACGAGGCCGGCAAUCAGCUAGUCGGUACCGAGCCAUUCCUUCAGGGAACCAAUAUCUGCUUACCUACACCGGUGGAAGCUGUCGAGGUGACCCUACGAUUCCCCGGACGAUUCCUCGCGAAUGAUGACACCGCGUUCAUCGGACAAGCCGAAGAGCUUCUCCGUGAUUUAGGAGCCAGAUUGCGUAACGACGUACGAGUAGAGAUCAAUCAGGACUCGGCUAUACUUAGUUUCGAGAUUAUCGGCCCGAAUAAAGUCGACGUAGCUUUCCACUUGGAGGAAUUGACCAGAAUUCAAAAGUUAACCAUGCUUGGAUCGUUCGCGGACGCGACCACGUCCCGGUUCACGCAUCGAGCGACACCGAUCGCGAUGCAGAGCCGAAUUGUCGCAUUGGAACAACGGGAAAUCCUGACGGAAGUGGACACGCCCGUUUAUCAGACGGCCACUCUGGUGUUAGCGGCGGGAAGCGCGUUCAUAAUCAGCAGCCUGCUGAUUCUAUUGAUGUUGUACCGCAAGAAAAUGAAAAUGAGGGAUUCGACGAAAGCGUUAGCGACAGACCAGCAUUUCCUUGCGUACCAGCAACCAGUCUAUGUGAUAUCGGGGGUGGAACAGGAGGAGAAGAAAAAAAACGAGACCGCUAUGCUGCAAGAGAGCACGUCCACGUGUGACGUGGUCGGUGCAUAA